AUGUCAUAUUUUGUUAGCCCAGAAUUCCUUCGUGUCCUCGUUCUAGGCUUCAUCACCAGCCUGCACAUGACAUGGCGACGGCUCGUCAACCAGCUAGUCCCGGUCCCAUACCUGGAUGAGUUCUUCCAUGUACCUCAGGUGCAAGCCUACUGGUCCGGGAAGUGGUCACAUUGGGAUCCGAAGAUCACCACUCCGCCGGGGCUGUAUAUCUUUUCCUACGGGCUCAACUCGUUUCGGGACCUCUUCUACCUAGACUUCAAGCCGUCCCUCAACGAAUGGAGAUUCACCAACGUCCUGCUACUCUACAUGUUGCUUGUUGCAUUGUAUAUCCUCACAGCUGUGGAAAAGAAGACCGUUAACCAUGCAGGCAUUCUUCAGCGAGAGUUCAGCAUUGUUAUGUUCCCCUUGAUCUUUUUCUUCUCCGCCCUAUAUUACACCGACCUAUUCAGCGUCUUCACAGUCGUCCUCACUCACAUCUUCUGGUCCGCCAGGAGCUCGGCGGAUGGGGGCAGGAAAGUGCUGUACCAAGCCCUCCACCUUGUGGCUGGCCUAGUGAGUCUUGCGACCCGACAGACGAACAUCUUCUGGGUAGCUGUCUACCUGGGAGGGCUGCAGGUUGUUGAGAGCGUCAAGCAUCAGAUCGGGCCUGACAAGGUCCACGAUCCUCCCGUGUCUGAAGCAUCCUUUGAAGAUUACGCUACCACAAGCAUCUCUCUUGCCCAGGCUGGCAUCGCAAUGAUCCCACCACUCCUUCUCGACCUGUGGCCGCAGGUCUCCCUUCUUGCCGCUUUCACGGCCUUCGUCAUUUGGAACGGUGGCGUCGUCCUAGGUGAUAAAGACAACCAUAUCGCAACCAUGCACCUCCCUCAGAUGCUCUACAUUUGGCCCUUGAUCAUCUUCUUCUCCUGGCCCGUCAUGCUCCCUCAACUGUCCUAUAUUCCCGCCCUACGGACACGUCCACCUAGACUGAGCACGAGUCUCACCUUACUCGCUCUCAUGCUCGUCACGGUCAACCUGAACACCGUCAUCCACCCGUUCACACUCGCUGAUAAUCGACAUUACACGUUCUACAUCUUCCGAAUCCUUCGACAACACUGGUUUCUCAAAUAUGCCGCCGUGCCUGUCUACUAUAUCUGCGCUUGUCUGGUCAUCGGGGCCCUCGGCGGAGCUACUAGGGAGCCGAGGCCAGUGCCGCCACAGAAAUCCCAAAUUCGCCUUUUAUACGGACACGAUACCGUGCGCGUGAGUUGGAUACUCGUAUGGCUUGCUGCUACGUCCUUGUCGCUAGUCACGGCCCCCCUGGUUGAGCCUCGAUACUUCCUCCUGCCUUGGUUGACCUGGCGGCUGGCGGUGCCGGAAUCUACCCCCGUACCUGUCCAGCAGAGUACGGCUCCGGCGCGGCAGAUUAAAGACUCUUCUCAUGGUGCUCCUGCGUCGCGCUUCACGUGCAGCUUGCAGGCUGUGUUACGUUUGGCGGCUUCAUACUCGACCGCUCUUGAGCUGGUAUGGUACCUACUAGUCAAUAUGGUCACAUGCUACGUGUUCUUGUAUAAGGGCUUCGAAUGGCCGCAGGAGCCGGGGAACACGCAGCGGUUCAUGUGGUAG